GGUAUGUCAGAACACAGCAAGAGUUCCACAACGGUUGAUGAACCUCACCAGGCUCCAGAAGAAAUCCAGUCUGAGGAAGUACUUCAGGUUCUUCUCUACAAGAGGACUGAGAGAUUGGAACUUAGAGAUAGGUCUUCUCAGUGACUCUGCUGUCCAUCAGGGGAUCAAACUAUUUAUUUUUAGGAAGACCGUGAAGAUUAUUCUGUUUCACUAAACAUUUGCAGUUUGAGUAAGAGGAGUGCUCAAUGGCUCAGGAGUCCCCCAAAACUUCAGCAGCAGAGAUUUCUGUGACAAGCAAUGGAGAACUGGAAGAUACGCAUGAGCACAACUAUAACAGGGAGUUGAAGCGUUCUCUGCCAGCUGGACUUGGCUUGUCAGAAACCCAGAUCACAUCUCAUGGAUUUGACAGUACCAAAGAGGGGACUAUUGAAGUUGGACCUUUUCAAGGUCCCUCAUCAUUUCCCAUGCCACCUGUUAUAUCGCCUAGCAGUGCAGCAGCUAGCAGACUGGCUGGACAAGGGAGUGAUUUAGUUAUUCCCAAAGGCAAUCCAAGCGUGCAGCAGAAAAGUGGACCAGUUAUUCUAGCAGAGGAAGUAAAGAAUCCAGCUAUGGAAAAACUGGAGCUUGUAAGAAGAUGGAGCUUAAACACGUACAAGUGUACUCGUCAAAUAAUCUCAGAGAAGCUGGGCCGUGGAUCACGAACUGUAGACCUUGAGUUAGAAGCUCAGAUAGAAAUAUUGAGAGAUAACAAGAAGAAGUAUGAGAAUGUCCUGAAACUGGCACAAACUCUGUCAACUCAACUCUUCCAGAUGGUGCAUACUCAAAGACAGCUUGGAGAUGCUUUUGCAGAUUUAAGUUUGAAAUCAUUAGAACUCCAUGAGGAAUUUGGAUACAACGCAGAUACUCAGAAGCUUCUUGCUAAAAAUGGUGAAACUCUGCUUGGUGCAAUUAAUUUUUUUAUAGCUAGUGUGAAUACUUUGGUAAAUAAAACUAUUGAAGAUACCUUACUGACAGUGAAGCAGUAUGAAAGUGCCAGGGUUGAAUAUGAUGCUUACCGUACAGAUCUAGAAGAACUGAAUCUUGGCCCUCGUGAUGCUAACACUUUGCCGAAGAUAGAGCAAUCACAACAACUAUUCCAAGUACAUAAAGAGAAAUAUGACAAAAUGCGCAAUGAUGUAUCAGUCAAAUUGAAAUUUUUGGAGGAAAAUAAGGUGAAAGUACUGCACAAUCAACUUGUUCUGUUCCACAAUGCCGUUGCAGCCUAUUUUGCAGGGAAUCAAAAACAGCUUGAACAGACCCUUAAACUAUUCCAUAUCAAAUUGAAAACACCUGGAGUAGAUGCUCCUUCCUGGCUUGAAGAUCAGUAAUUGAACCAGGCACAGGGAUCCAUUGUUCAGCCCAGGAUCAUCUAUAUCCGGGGAGAAUCAAGAAGCUUUUCUAUAAGAAGGACUGUUUGUAGUGAUACUUGCACAAGCAGCUUUAAUCCCUCCCCCCACCACCACCAAUAAUGAAUACUAUAGUAAUUUGGCAGGGUGGAUGGAUGUAACCAAAUUAAUUUGUCAUUUCAGAAUCAAAAUGUUUUGUAUUUAAGGGUGGAUGGUUUUCUGUAGUAGGGAAAUAUAGAUUUGCACUGACAAAAAUAUUUGUGAUCUUUGGUAACUAGUAGGUGAGAAAUUUUCCAAAGGAGAUGCUCAUGAUUUGUAUCAAUAUCUGAUAUUUUAUAUAAAUGUAUUAAACCUCUACAGAUUCUUUUUCAUGUAACUGUGUUCAAAAAGUAUUUUUUUAAAAAAUUAAGGCCUUCAAACAGCUUCAUCCACAAAAUCAGUGACUCACUGACAAUGUGGAAUUGCAACAAAUAUCAUUUUUUUUACACUUGGAUCUUUCCAUUGUAUCCCUAAAAAACACUAGAUGUGGAGUUUCCAUUUUGACCUGAAUACAUUUUUUAUCAUUAUAAAGGAGCCACCUUAAGGAAGGAGUCUUAGUUGUACUACUUCAAUGUUUAACUUUGUAUGAAAUCAUACCUUACUUGUCUUAAAUUCAAAAGUGCCUUUUGAAAUACUCUUUCUACUCUUCUACACAAAGUAUAAUAUCUUUAAAACCCUUUCUGGAUUUAUGACUUUUUAGAGAGACUAAGGCCAGUCUAGGUUGUAUGCUUCUGUUUGACUCACAGACCAUGUCAGACUGUGACAGAGUCUGUUUUUUAAUCAGUAGCUGUUAAAAGUACAAGUUUGUUACCUUAUCAUAGCAGUUCAUAAUUAACUGUUUUGGAGCAUCAUUGUUUGCACACUUUCUACUGCUUUUUCUGUUUAUAUAAAUGAAGUACUUAAAGUAACUUAUCUCAGCUUAAAUGAAUUGUAUAAUUAUGUAUUAUAUGUUGAAACAGAUUCAGUUGCUUCUUUAAAUGGUUUUGUUUCAGUCUUAAAGUAAAAUGUUUAUCAAGUAUACCUUAAAUCAUUCCUCAUUGCAUUCUUGUCCAUAUGUUUUUGUUGCUGGGUACUCUCUUGAAGUAAAGUUGGUUGCUGUUCCUCAGAGUGUAUUUCAUUAUUAGCACUUAUUCAUACUAACAGAAUAAGCCCAAUAACAUCUACAAGUAAUGUCCAUCUAGGGGUCUUGCCUAAAAUAAAUGAAAAUGGUGUUGCAGUCUUUUCCAUUUAUUUCACUGGAGUUUGCAUUUAAAAUCUGUUUGUUUCUUGUAACUAGCAAUUAAAUGCUUUUAUUUUCAUUAACCCUAAGGAAUAAGGUGUCUUGUGCUCUUUCUGUGGUUUUAGUAACUAUAAUAAAAGAAGGAAACCUCCCAUCACUUAUUCUCCAAGUAUAAGGCAGACUUGAACAUUUCUCUCAAUGCACUGAAUUCCACCACUAUUUUGGUGCAAGCUUCCUGUUUCUAUCAGAAGUACGCUAAUCGACCAUACACUUUAGCUAAGGGAAACUUUUUGUGCCUAUGUCAAAGACUGAGAGUAGAUCAGACCCAGCUUGAAUAAAAUAUGUGGUCAUUCAAAGAUGGUUAAGACCUUUGAUUUUUUUUAAAAAGAAACUUGAAAGCUUGUAACUUCAUUAUAGUGGCUACGUGUCUUAGAAAGCUAGAGUCAUGAAGGUUUAUAAGGCUACUUUUAAUUUUGUUAGAAACAUUUGCUUCUAUAUAGAAAAUAAAUACUGCAAUCUCACUUUUGAAAAACUGAUCAUUGUGACCUGAAGAGUUGCACAACAAAAUGGCCUAACUUAGUAAAGUAAAAUCAUAAAUAUCCUCAUAAUUAAUUAACUGUUAUAAUGAUCAUCAUUGUGGAAGAAGGCAAACCAUUUCUAUAUUUUCAUCAAGACAGUUAUCGACAUUUCUAAGUAGCCAUCGGGAGUCAAGCUAGUUCUAAGGAGGCUAUAUUUAUUUUUAUGAAAUUCUGUGCUUAGUUUUAUAUCUUCAUCUAGAUUCAGUUGUACUGAAUUUAAUGCAAUUUUUUAAAUCCUGAAAAACUUUAGAUUUGUAAAAACAUCAUCACCCUGAAUUGCCAAGGAAACAGUUGGAGGUAGGUUUUCAAGUCAUCUCAUAUGCUCUAUACCUUGUUACAUUUGCAUAUUAUAAUGAUAUUUCAAAUGUAGAUAUUUUUAUAGUCAUGAAUCUUUGAUUUAUAUUCAAAGCAAUUUAGGUCCUGGCUAUAGAUUACAAAUAAUAGUGCAGGAUUCUUUGUUCAUUACAAAUUUUCAUAUAUUUUGUGUUGUGCUUAUGAUUAGCGUUCCAUAGCAAUGAGCACAGGUACUUUAACUGAGUCUGUUUUACUAAAAAUAUUCCUUACUCCUUUGACUUUAUCUUUGUAAGGUAGCUUGAAAUUAUUGUGUUUUUAAUAUUAGGGGGUUUUUUAAUAGUAAAACCACUUACAGUGAAUACUUUGUAAAUGCUUUCGGUUCUAAUGUCACAGAAAUAAAAUGUUUGAGCCAAAACAAUUAUUUAGCAACUCCAAGCAUUAAAGUAUAUGCUUAAUGUGAAAUCCUAUUGUUUAUGUGAAACAUAAUAGAUAUGUAGGAAUUAAGCAUAUUUCACAUGAUCUUUUGGAGUAAGUUGUUAACUUAUUGCUGCUAUUAUGUAAAUAAGCAGAUGGUGAACUUCCGAAAGUACACCUUCAGAAACAAUGAACAACUUAAAGACUGGCUGAACUAAGUUCCGUAUUAUAGCCAAAAUGAUGUAAAACCUUCAAUUGCCCAUACAACAUCCAUGGCAGUGACAUGUUUUGUUACUACUGAUGUUAAUGAGAGUUUGUUAUUAGUCCAAAGAAAAUAAGCCUUCGUGUAUAUUGGGGGGCAGGGGGAAGGGUUAGAACUUGGAUGUUGUUUGGAUGCUAAGAUGUUCCAAAUGGACAGAAAGAGAAUGAUUCUAGCUAAACAUGUAUCUUCCACAUUCUGAAAUAUAAUAAAACCU